AUGGAUAUAAUGUAUAAUUUACCGAAAACUCUUAUUGCUUUAUAUUUAAUUCACUUUAACUUGUGUCACGGCAAUAAUUGGCAUUACUCAUUGUCGUCAAUCUAUGAACUGUUCAACUUGGAAGUCGAACAUAUAAUUGCAACGGAAACAUACAUCAAGAAUGAGUAUAAACGAUUAGAGGAUAUCAGAAAGUUUAUAGAUCAACGAAAGAAACAAAACGAAAAAGAGUUGGCAGAGUCGUACACGGAGAGCUCAAUUAAUGCGUUCAAAACCAUUCUACGAAUUAAAAAUGAUUGGGAAACAUUAAAAAACAAAACUGCACAAACAACUGCGAUUGGGGAAUUCAAAGAUAAAUCAGUGACUUAUGAUAACAUUGUCAGUGGAUUAAAAGCUAUAAGGAGGUUACAGAUUAUCUACGAACUUGAUGCGCAGGACAUAUCAAAUUGGAACAUUGACGGCCACCCAUCUCAACCGUUUGAUGUUAACGAUUGUUAUGAUAUGGCAUCUUUGUGUUACGAUAAUGCUGAAUAUCAUUGUGCAUACUGGUGGUUUGUCGAAGUCUACGAUAGAAAUAAAAAAGACGGUUAUAAAUUAAAAAUCGAUUACACCACAUUCAUGAAAAAAUUUGCCUGGUCGAGUUACUUAGUUGGUGACGUUGACGGUGCAAUGUAUAUAUUAAACGAGCAUGCAGACGAAAUUAACGAAAUUCAUGAUGAUAUGAUAAAUAUGCGGUUCACAGUAUGGGCCGGAAAUAAAGUUUAUAAACGCAACACGGCAGACGACCAUGAUAAAAAUUUCUACUCGUAUUCACUUCAAAAAUUAGAUUCAGAGAAAGAAGUGAGUAAUUUCAAAACUACGUGUCGGAAUACAACGGAUUUCAUUUACCCUAAAUUGAAAUGCCGUUAUUAUCAUGGAGGUCGUAAAUAUUUGAUGAUUGGUCCAUUACGCGAAGAAAUUGUAUCGUUAAUACCCAGCAUGAAGCUGUAUCACAACGUUCUGUAUGACAACGAAAUAAAAAAGAUAAAAGAAUUGGCUAAACCAAAGUUGGAAAGAUUGUCGAUCGAUACAAACGAAGAUAUAUCCCUCAGAAAAGUGGCAUCGUUUAGAAAAAACAAUAAUCAAGUGUUCGAGACAAUUCAUCACAGACUUGCUCAGAUUUCUUCAAAGCCCACAACGAACAUUGAGGACAAAUACGUGGUUACUAAUUACGGUAUUGGUGGACAUUACUUACCGCACACUAAGUACAUAGACGAUGACCAUUUGAUCAACCGCAAAGGACAAGACGCCAUAGUUAUUAUCCAUAUGGAUGACGUGCCCAAAGGAGGUGCCACGGUGCUGCCUGACGUAGAAUUUUGUGUGCCAAGCGUCAAAGGCUCUGCAUUAGUUAUAUACAAUAUGAGGAGUACUUUCGGACCGAUUGAAGAAUUAUUCGAAUUCACGCAGUACGGCUCUUGCCCAAUAGUUUAUGGUGACAAAUGGACGUUGACAGCGUGGUUAAAAUGA